GCACCACGGAAUCUGCCUGCCUGCCGGCGUUUCCGGCCGGGCUCGUUAGGAAGCGUACUUCCGGUUCCGGGUGCACGGUGCCCGCAGGAGGGUCGCGGAGCGGACAGUUUCCAGUACUUUGAUAGAUCUAGCCUCACUGACUGCAUUGGAGACUGCACGGUUGUACUGAACCACAAAACAGCUUUUCCUACAGGCAUGGAUCAUGGACAUGAGCAAGGGCACGGACAUGGGCAUGGCCAUGGGAAAGUGGAACUCCCUGACUAUAGGCAAUGGAAGAUAGAGGGUACUCCACUACAGGAAGUGCAAGAAAGACUGGCUAGGCGAGGUCUCAAGGAUCCAUGGGGCCGCAAUGAAGCAUGGAGGUAUAUGGGUGGCUAUGCAAAGCCUGUCACUCUUCUAGAUGUUGCCACCAAAGGUCUCAAGUGGGGAUUUGCAGCCUUUGUGGUAGCUCUUGGAAUCGAAUAUGCACUAUAUCCUCCAAAGAAAAAUGGGGGACAUCACUGAAGGUGGAAUAACGGAAUGGAACAUAACAUUACUCGCUCAGUUGAAGAGGAAUCCGUGUACUUUAUUAUACAGCGGCUGGCUGCUUUUGCUGUAAUUAUAAAGAUGCCUAUUAAAGUUUCUCAUAGGCAAGAGCACC